AUGGAAAAGGAUAAUGUGGAGAAAAAAAAGGGGGAAAUCCAAUUUUUCAAGCGAUUGGGCGGGAAGCAAAGACAAAGGAGAGGGCGGGACACGUGUACGUACGAAGCGGACAGCUACGCAGUUGUCCGCCCCACAGGCGCGGCGUGGACCCCACCAUCGCUCCCCCACUCUUCCUCUCUCUCUCUCUCGCUCGCUCGCCAAUUAUUUCAUCGAAUUCAAAUUCGCACUCUCUCUCUCUUUUUCUCUCUCCUGCCCCCAGAAAACCCUACGAAUCAGCUCCCAUCUGUCGAUCCGAUUCCUCCAGCUUCCCCCACCCCACCUGAUCGCCCCGACCCGGAAUCAACCCGCCCCCGACGAACCGGAAUCCGGCGACGCGACGUGCCCUGCCGAUCGCGCGAACCAGCAUGCUCUCUUCGGGCGCUCAAUCCGGCUCGGCGCCUCGCUGAUCCUUCGCGCCGAUUCUUCCUCCCACCGAUCGGGCCCCGCGAAUCCCCGGCCGGCAACGCGCCGCCCGACGGCCAUGCACGCGGCGGCGGGCUCCGCGCCGGUGCAGCGGCGGGGAACGCCCUGAUCGACGCCGUGGACGCGACCCCGCUCCUCACGCACUCCGUCGCCGACCACCUCCUCCGCAGCCGGCGGCUCAUCCGCCGCCCCGUGCUGCCCCUGCGCGGCGCGGCGGCGCGGCUCCUGCGCCGGGCCAGCGGCCGCCGCAUGAUGCUCCGGGAGCCCUCGAUGCAGGUCCGCGAGAACGCCGCGGAGCAGCUCGAGACGCGCCAGAGCGACUGGGCCUACUCGACGCCCAUCGUGGCCCUCGACAUCCUCUGGAACCUGGCGUUCGUCGGCGUCGCGCUCGGCGUCGUCGCGCUGAGCCCGAACGAGAGGCCCGAGGUGCCUCUGCGGCUGUGGAUCGUCGUGUACGCCCUGCAGUGCCUCUUCCACGUGGCGUGCGUCGUCGCGGAGUUCAAGCGACGGCGGACGGAGGUGGAGCACGUGGGAUUGGGCGGGAGCGGCGCCUGGGGUGCCGGCGAUUUGAAUGCUUACCUGAGCCCGGCUACGGGGUCCGGGAGUGAUGGCGGCGAAUCAGACGAUUAUGCGAAUGAUCAGAGUAGAGACGAUGAAGAAACCAGCAUGUCAAAGCAUUUCGAGUCUGCAAAUACGAUGUUUUCAUUCAUCUGGUGGAUAAUUGGGUUUUACUGGGUAACUGCUGGUGGCCAAGACCUGAUACGCGAUUCACCUCAGCUCUACUGGCUCUGUAUAUCAUUUCUGGCCUUUGAUGUGGUUUUCGUUGUCAUCUGCAUUGCUAUUGCAUGCCUGAUUGGUAUUGCAAUAUGCUGCUGUCUCCCAUGUAUAAUUGCAAUCCUGUAUGCUGUGGCAGAUCAGGAAGGAGCAACACAGGAGGAGAUCAACCAAUUGCCUAGGUACAAGUUCCGCAGUGUAGGUGAUUAUGACAAAACUAAUGAGGAGACUCAGCCAUCAUCUGGAGGGAUAAUGAUGGAAUGCGACGGUGGCACAUCCAUUGAACGUGCUCUAUCGCAGGAGGAUGCUGAAUGCUGCAUCUGCCUUUCUGCUUACGAAGAUGGAUCGGAGUUGAGAGAGCUUCCCUGCCGUCACCACUUUCAUUGCGGUUGCAUCGACAAGUGGUUGUACAUUAAUGCCAUUUGCCCCCUCUGCAAGUUCAACAUUCUGAAGUCUCAGAACCAGAGCGGAAGCGAAGAAAUAGUAUGAAGAAUUUUAGGGUUUCGUGAGGGAUUAAUGGUCUCAGAGAUCUCAUAUUUUGUCGAUAUGCUUAAACUAGGCACUUUGGCACCUAGGAGAGCUUUCCUGUUGCUCCUGCUCUAGGUCAUGCAAUUCUUCACCAGCUACUAAGCUACUUUGGCUGUUUUAGCAUCUAGGAGGUCUCCAGUUGUUCAUGCUGUUCAUAUAUAUAAUGGCUUGGGCAGUUUAUGAUGAACCCUGCCCAAUGUAAAUUGUAAGGAUCGUCUCAAUCUUAUCUGUUUGCCAACUUUGAGUAUCCUUCAAAAUUGGUAUCCGGCCAAAAA